AUGGCAGACGCUAUCGGCUCGAGGCUGGAGCACACUUUUCCUGCUUUUGAUUUUGAGGACCUGAUUAACUGGCCCGACGAAGACGCUGAUGAUACCUUGGACAAAGUCGGCAGCGACGACGAGCCUCCCAAGAUCGACUCGCCCAGAUGGUCAGGAGAUAAUUCAUCCUUAUGCUCCUUUGGGUCGCCUUGCACGGAAGAUGUCGGCGCCAGAAGUCUAGACUUCAUACCGAGAGCAACCGAAGGAAAGCGCGCUGGGAGCGCCGCCGCGACAGGAGUUGCAGAUGGAAGUCAGGACCAGGCCAGAGAGAGAAACGUGAAAGAUCACUCACUUCAUUCACUCACCGCAGAUCAGCAAGAACAGAAGCGAUUUCGCGCCGCGGGACUUGUCAAGCCUGCCGCCUGCACAUGCAGACCGGACUGUCCCGACCCGGCAUAUCUUUGCAAACAGCAACGUGAGACACUUGAGAAACGACGCAAAGCCGAACAGCAGAGACAACGAGAUCGAAUAGUAGCAGCCCUCCAAGCCGCCAGGAAAACCGUUCCGUACAUCACGAUUAUUAGAGGGAAGCGCAAAGACAAUGACGCUGGUCCUUCCCAGGCACCACAAGCGAUGGAACCCAGCGGACCCGGCGUGCUUGCCGCGCAGCAACCCGACCUCGACCUGUUCUCUCGUUCACCACCACCGGCACCACCGGCACCUUCCGCAGUCACUGAAGCGGUGGCCGAGAUGACAAUGCCUGAAGUACAGAUAGCUGCCACCAAAGCGCAGACCCCACCCUCACUAGCCCUGCCUCCACCUCCACCGCCGCAUUCACAAUCGCCGCCAGUCGCGGAGACCACGCAUGUGGCCGAGCACAUGUCGCUGCCAGACACCCCCACGCGAGUCACCGACCACGGUACGCUAAGCAACAUUCGCGACACCAACGGCCCAGUGCAUAUCGAUGCUCCUCCACCGACGACCGACAACCUCGCACCUGACACCGACAAGGACAACCUCUUCAGCAACGACGAUGACCUCUUCAAUAGCGACAUUGCUAUACCCAGGGCUACAAGUCCACCCAAGCUCGGAGAAAUAGACUUUUCACAAGACAGCUACGGCGGUCACGAUGCUCCCAACGAGGAGACUGUGGAGAUUCCCAACAACAGUGACGAGGUGUUCGGUAUCGCCAGCGUACCAAGCGACGAUGAGGAUGACCAACACGAAGGAUAUGCCAUGCUGCGAUUUAGCAACAGCUACUGUGUCAUCACCUCGCUGAAUCUGAUCAUCCAGCGCGAUGCCACAUACCUGGCAGCAUACAGGGCCGAGAGGAAGAAGGCGAAAGAGGAAGCAAAGGCGCGUAACGCACUCGCUGCCUACCAACAAGAGCCUAGUCAGCCUUCACAACCUGGGGAUGACGAUCGUUUUGGCGAAGAUCUCGAAGGCCGUCCACAACAAGGAUUGCUAAGCAGCUUCAGCGAGCAGGGCGGACCUGUGGCGUUCGCCAUGGAUGAUCAUCUGUCGUCAUCAGACCGCCGCCGACGCAGGAAGAAGGGCAAUUCGUCUUCAGCCAACUCAAUUGCCCCGCGCGACUUAUACACGCUGCCGGAGGACGAAAUCCAGCAUACCGAGCCAGUGCCAGUGAACAGCCGACCUGAUUCCCAUGAGUGGGCCGCUUUGCCUGUACACCCAGCAAGGCCGGCGGAUAUUACUCAAAUCUCGAGAGAACAUCUCAUCUUCAGCUACAACCACUGGCACGAUGAGCAGUGGAUACUGCGGAUCGUUGGCAACGGCGCAGUCGUCAACGAAGUGUAUUACACCAAAGAUCAAGAAAUUGCGCUGCAGCAUGAUGACGAGAUCUGGAUUUCCACACUGAAGUUUAAUUUUGAGCUUCCAAGAACAGAAGAAGAGGAGAAUGAAGAUCUCCUGGACGGCGUCGAAGCCGGCACGUCCCCAGCGACAAGUCGUAUCCGUCGAGCUUCAAGCACUGCAGAUGCAGAAGAGAGUGAAGAAGACAAGCGGCCGAAGGUCAAGCUCAAGCUCAAGAGGCCUAAGAAGCCCACUGAGCAAGAGCCCGAACCAGCGAAAGCCAAGAGCGCCGCCAAAGCCAAGGGUAAGGACAAAGGCGAGAAGUCAGCUGGCAAGGCGAAGGCCAAAGAUGUGCCAAACGGAGAAGACACAACAGGCUCGCCUGAAGUUACCAAGAAGAAAGACAAGGGUAAGAAACCAAAAGCUGCUGCACCUGAGAAUGGGGCAGAAUCAGCCAAGGAGCCCAAGCCCAAGCCUGAACAAGCCUCGCCACCGGUGGUGCCAAUCAACCUCGAGCCAGGAUCUGUUCUUGCGGACUUGGCUCCGGAGCAGAUGCCAGAGAAACGCAAAGGUCCUGGUCGGCCUCCCAAGAACGGCCUCUUAUCCAAGCGAGACGAAUCAGGCGUCAAGCGCAAGAGGCGAGAGUACGAGCGUCGCAAUGAGCCCAUACCCGACCUUAACACACUGCUUGCAGAAGUACGACAUGAGCAAAGGCAAAGAGAUCUUCAGGCCAAGGCUGCAGCUCGUGGUGAACAGCCACCGGACCUACCGAUGCCUAGCAUCGAGUCCAGUGCUAGACCCACGAUCGAAGGUGGUGCUCAAAUGCCGCCACGGGACUCUCAAGGCCAGGAAAGUCAGACGCCGCUGCCCAACGAUGCAAUGCUCGCUUUCGCGCAGGCUCGACCACGUCAAAGGUCCCCGUCACCCAUUAAGCCCGAAACUGAGUUCACGGAAGAAGAUUUGAAGAAACCCAGCAUGACGUACAUCUACAUCAUUGAUGAGAUUCUCUCAAGCAUCGAGGGCGGUCAAGCUGAUCUGCAGACGAUUUACGACAAGAUUCAGAAACGAUGGCCGUACUACAAGUAUCGGGUGGGCUCUAUUGGCUGGCAAAGCAGCGUAAGGCACAACCUGCUGUCAUGCGAGCGCUUCGUUGAUGCAGGCAAAAGUGGCAAAGGAAAGUUCUGGCGCAUCAAUUUUGAUCAUCCUCUUGACAACAAGAAGCGCAAGUCACCUCCACCUCCAAACCGUCCAAUGCAGAACGGCCAGAUGCCGCCACCGUAUGGGCAGCCUGGAUACCCUGGAAACUAUGGACAGUCGAAUUGCAAUGGUCAACAGCCUUACAAUGGGCAGGGCAACUACUACAGCCCGUACCCGGGUGGUCCCAACGGCCAACCGCCUCCAGGUCAAGCGCCGAACGGUCAGUAUGGUGGUCCGCAAGGUGGUCCGUCACCACACCAAAUGAAUGGAGGCGCCCCCCAUCCACCUCCGCAGCCAGCCGAAACGCCACUCACGCGUCAAGUCAACGCGAUCAUGAACUUCCGCUCACACUGGUUGGCUGGACAUGCGAUCGACUCACAAGAGUACAAGUCGAGGGAACUCGGGUUCGUACGUGCGGUUGGGUACUACUCGUACGUCACCUCGAACGGUCAAGGCGAUCGCGUAGACUUGGUCCCUGGCGAAGACCUGCUGGAGCCAUUUCCCUCGAUGAAAGCAAUCUUUGACAGAUUCUUGUCGGAUACAGCGGACGCGGCAGCAGCAGCGCCUGCCAAUGGAAAUGCCCCGUUAGCAAAUCAGCAGCAACAGGUAGCGCCUCCUAGACAGCAGCAGCCUCCUGGACAGCAGCCUCAAGGUCAGCUGACCCAAGGUGUAGCGCCUCCUACCCAGCAGACUCAGGGACUGCAAACUCAAGGUCCGCAACUGCAGAGUCAGCAAGCUGUAACUCAGCAUCCUCAGGGUCAGCCCGUUCAGGCCCAGCAACAGCCCCAAGGACAACAACAUCUUACGGGUCAGCAACAGCCUACUGGUCAGCAUCCCGGCCCAAAUCAGCCACAGCAGCCAUUCCCGCAGCCACCACCAGGCUCACAGCCAUCGUUGCCUCGAGAACCUUUGGUAGGUAUUGUACAGCCGCCGCAGUCUCGACCGAGUGGCAAUACUCCACCAAACGCGAUGCCUCCACCAGCUGGCACUCCUCAAGCCACAACCAGUGCUGCGGCAAUGGCAGCGAUGGCACCACCCGUUUCUCAACAGGUGACAGGAGCCGUAGGCACCGCGGGCCAGCCAGCACCCCAGAGCCUGCCGCCUACUGCAAAUGGCAUCAUAACGCAGACUUCAGGUGCAGCGAUAACUCAAACCCCUGCCGUUGAUGCUAGUUCUCUUGCUCCGACCCGGGGAAAUGACCAAAGUCUUGCAGCAACGGUGCCAAUAGACCAAGCUUCGGAACGCGCGACAAUGCCUUCCACCGUUGCGGCUCCGUCGGAUGGACAUGCCAAAGCUGAAAAUCCGGCCCAGGAUUCGGCUUCCAGCGUGUCAACUCCUGUCACUUCGACUGUCGCUGACACCACCACCGGUAGUAGUUCAGCAGCUACGGUGAACAGUACGGCUGCUCCAUCUGCAGCUGUUACGUCCCCGGCGCUUCCUAAGGCGGACAGUGCAGCGACAUCACCGCUAGCACCUGAAAACUCCGAGGCUCAGUCUGUGACUACGCCGAGUACGGAGCCCAAGGUGAUUGACCUUGAAGCACCAGACCCUGUACCGCAGGUGGCAGGUGUCAAACGUGCCGCUGGGACUGACGAAGAGGAGGAAGACGAUGUCAAGAGACAGAAGACAUCAUAG